AUCUUCACUAGGAAAAGUGGUAAUUUCAUAUGUUAUUCAAUAAGUAUUUAUUUCCCGCCGCCAAUUUGGAGAGAGGCCCAAUCUCAUAACAUGAUUUCCACCAUGUUUUGAUCGUGCCUCUCUAGCAAAGACACGCGGUGGCCGUUUUUAAACUUCUUCUAACAAUAAUAUCACUGUAACUUGUUUGCUCUGUGUUCAACGAUUGCACGCAAACACUGAACGUAGAUUGAUGGAGCUUGGGCGUCAACAGCUUGAGUGAAUUGAACCAAGGAACAGUUUUUGGGAAACACCAACCCGGAAAAUAUACCUGAGAGGAAACGAGGAUGGCCAACGAUAUCGAAGGACAACCAGUAAGCAAUAUAAGAGUCGACACAAAUUUUCUUGAUUCGAUGAACAACACAGCUCUCAACGCGACAAGUUUCCCUCUGUGUCCAAGUCUACUGAUAAAGGUUACAAGCACUCCUUACACUCCAAGUGCUACGGCUCAGACUGUAACCAUACUAACAUGUAUUGUAAACGGAAUUUCAUGUCCUCUGGCGAUUGGAGAGAAUCUUCUGGUCUUCAUGGUGAUUUUAAAAAAACGCAGUUUACGAACAACUUUUAAUACUUCUGUUCUUUGUCUGGCAGUUACGGAUCUUCUAAUUGCCAUGUUUAUUCAGCCUGCCUUCAUUGCGUAUCAGAUCGGAAAGUUUAUAAACAGUACUUACCUGUGUGUUCCUUACUUUAUAAAGACCGUGUUCGAGUUUUGGUGUGUUGGUUUAUCGUUCAUUACUCUUGGGCUCAUAACUUUAGAGAGAUACUUUGCCGUGUUUCGGCCGUUCAUUUAUCACGCCGCCGUCACGCAGUUCCGCGUAAUGCUUGUAAUUUUCAGCGGUUGGUUGUUUUGGUCUGCGUUCAGCUUCAGUCUACGUUUUUCAGCUUCUGGAAUGAACUUGAAAGCUUAUUCAAUUGCAUCUUCCAUUUUAAUUACAUUCACGCUGUUCCAAACAAUAUUUGUCUAUUUUAAACUCUACAAGGCUUCUCGAAUCAAAGACCAUCCGCACAGUCAAGCCAGCCAAAAGAGUAGCUACCCCAACAGACCGAGAUCUUUAGGGGUCGCUGAGGCUAAAGCAACCAAAACAAUUAUAAUCAUAACAGGAUCAUUUUUUCUUUGUUUCGCGCCAACUCUGUGUGUUUCCUUUGUGCACCAACUUGCUUACGUAAGAGAAGACGUCAUAUUACACGUGGUUUAUCCGCUGGCAGAGAGUGCGCUGUUUCUAACAGCCCUUGUCAACCCUGUCAUUUAUGUGUGGCGAAAUGCUUUGGUAAAAGAGAGCUUAAAAGAGCUUUUCAAGGCUCAUUAAUAAUUAUUCUUUAAACAGAAGUAUUUUUUCUACAGGCAUUUAGAGAACAAAGGAACAAUUCUCUAGUCAAUGGCUAUGAUAUUUGACCGUCUGAAAUAGUGUUGAAGUCUCUUAACUAGAGGCACCAGAUCACCAUGAAAAUAUGCUGACCGUCUUUUCCUCUUAAUAUUUCACUUGUGAGAACAUGUUGAAACCUGUAAGCAACAGGAAUAAUAUUCGAUCAUGACUUUGAUUGAAGUAAACUAUUAAAUCAUUCGCCUAAAUUUUAUUAACAUCCAAGCAUAAAU